AUGUUUACACGCUUUUUGAUGGACUGCCACGGAGAUGGCCUUGCUCCUCUUCACUCUCCGCACUUCGCACCCAUCCCACCUCCAGGUCAGAUCUCGCCGCCCACCACGGCCGCGCACAAUGGGCUCUGCACAUUCGUCCCACUCCUCCAUCUCUACCGCGGCCGACGAAGGCGACGAUGAUCCAUCGACUGCCUCAGCCUCGGAGCCCUCGGCCCGGCCCCCUCCCGCCCAAGCGCCGGCUCCACCGGCCUCUGCGUCCAAGGUGCUGGAGCAGGAGCCCGAGGUGCUACCCUGCCGAGCCGCCGACUCGCCGCUCUCGCCGCAACCAUCCGUAACGGGCACCCCACGCCUCCUCGGCCCCAACAUCAAGGUCUGGGACCCCUGCCACGUGCUCCUUCCCCCACCGUCGCUGCACCAGCACCUCCCGCAGCAGGGGAGGACGGAGGCGCUGCUGGAGGUGGUAAUAGUUAGCCACGGGGAAUGUGCGUUCGCGAUGCGACCCGACCUGGUUGGUGGGCGAUGGCCGGCAGUGGCCCUCACGGCGCGCGGGGAGCGACAGGCGCGCGCUCUGUCAGUGUUCCUGCGCUCCCGUGGUUCGCAGCUGGCCGCUGCGUGGACGUCGCCCCUCGACCGUUCCCGCGCUACUGCUGAACUUGUCUGCCGGGAACUUGAUUUUCCAGAGGAGCAGAUCCAAGUAUCUGAUGCUUUGACUGAGAUGAGUCAUGGUCAGUGGGAGGGUUGCCCAAAAUCAGAAAUUUAUACCCCAGAAAUGGUUAAUCUGAUGGACAGCACCCAGCCUGAUUUCUCAGCACCUUCAGGAGAGUCACUCAGGCAGGUGCAGUUCAGGAUGAUGGAGUUCCUGAACCGAACAAUCAUAAGGUUACCAGAAAAGGUGGCAAUGGGGGAUACACUAUCACAACAAAAUGACGCAAAGGGUUUAUCUCGGCAGAGCUCCACCAAUUCUGUCCAAGAUGGCCCAUCUUGGGAUUUGCUUUACAGGCUCAAUCGGCAUAGCCUCCAAAGGAAGAAAUCUGGUAAAAGCCGUCUCCAGUUUGUCACUUCGGUUGACAAUGAUACCGAGGAUGAGUUCUCCCUGAAAGACAUAAACCAAAGGCAUCACCUUCACGAAACAAGUCUGGGGAGCUCUACAACCUCCAUUGCAAUUUUCAGCCAUGCAAUCCCUAUUCGAUGUCUCCUUGCGGGCUUGCUGGACUGCAACCCUGUGAUGUCUCAGAGGAUAUGUAUAGACGAUUCAUCUGUCACUGUUCUUGAACAUUCGCUUAGAACCGGGUGGCGAAUAAAGAGGCUAAAUGAUACUGGGCAUCUCAGGCUUCUCUAGCUGCAAGCUGUUGCGCUGCAGCUGGAAUCUAACUGAUGUGUGUUUAUGUGUCGUAAAGAAACCAUCAGAUCAUAUUAUGCAAAUCAGAAGCUAUGGUUGUCGGUUCAUGUUCACCUAUGCCUCAAUGGGGAAUGCAAGUCCUCCGAUUGUUGUUGUUUUGCAUUUAUUACCAUGCCUAAAUUCCGGGAAGAACUGCCCUGUGAUUGUGUUACCCUGUGAUUGUUAAUCAAUAUUUUAUCAAGUGUAAUUUCCAACUCA